GCUGGGGCACUGGUCCUGGCAGGGGACACGUCAGUGCCGCCAGCGACGUCACAGGCCUGCCCGGCUCGCCAGCGCCUGAUUGGCUGCCGCGGCCGCUUACGCGUCGCUCUUCCUCGUCUGCCCCUCGUGUUCAGGGGAGUCUCUCUCUUUUUUCCUCGGCAUAGAAGAGGCGAUGGCGGCGCUGGCAUCUCUGGGCGCCCUGGCGCUACUCCUGCUGUCCGGCCUCUCCUGCUGCUCAGCAGAGGCCUGCGUGGAGCCCCAGAUCGCCCCUUCCUACUACACCACCUCGGAUGCUGUCAUUUCCACCGAGACUGUUUUCAUUGUGGAGAUCUCUCUGACGUGCAAGAACAGGGUCCAGAACAUGGCUCUUUAUGCUGAUGUCAGUGGAAAACAAUUUCCUGUCACCCGGGGCCAGGAUGUGGGGCGUUAUCAGGUAUCCUGGAGCCUAGACCACAAGAGCGCCCAUGCAGGCACCUAUGAGGUCAGAUUCUUCGAUGAGGAGUCCUAUAGCCUCCUGAGGAAGGCUCAGAGAAAUAACGAGGACGUUUCCAUCAUCCGGCCCCUGUUCACAGUCAGUGUGGACCAUCGGGGCACCUGGAACGGGCCCUGGGUCUCCACUGAGGUGCUGGCCGCAGCCAUCGGUCUAGUCAUCUACUACCUGGCCUUCAGCGCCAAGAGCCACAUCCAGGCCUGAGGGCGGCCCCCCUGCCCCCUGCUUCUUUCAAUAAACGGUCACUGGC